GUUUCUUCAUAAACCCUAGGAGCAGCACUGAAGGUCCGCCAUUUGAAGGCUCAAUUUGCUCAAAAUCUCCAAAAAAAGAGAAAAUGAAGGUUAUCGCCGCUUACUUGUUGGCCGUCUUGGGUGGCAACACCUGCCCUACAGAGAAGGAUUUGAAGAAAAUCCUUGCAUCUGUUGGAGCUGAGGCUGAUGAUGAUAGGAUUCAACUUCUUCUCUCUCAAGUUGAGGGCAAAGAUAUCACUGAGUUGAUUGCUGCCGGCAGAGAAAAGUUGGCUUCAGUACCUGCUGGUGGAGGUGCUGCUUGUGCAGUUGCUGCACCUGGUGGUGGCGGUGCUGCUGCACCUGCUGCUGCGGAGAAGGAAGAAAAGAAAGUUGAAGAAAAAGAGGAGUCAGAUGAUGACAUGGGCUUCAGUCUUUUUGAUUAGAAGAAGUCGAAGAAUUCAGUUUAUGAAGUGUUGUCCCCUUUUCCAUUUGUUGUUCCCCUUGAGUGUAUUUUAGGAGGUUUAUUGUCUACUUACAGAUUUUGCUUGAACUUAGAAUUUUCAUGGAAAACAUUGGUAAACAGUUGAAAUUAUAAUAUGUAUUUCAAAUGUUCAGCUUGGUUCAAUAUAUCUAUCCCUUUUUAUCUUA